AUGAUAGCCGAGGAUCGUUACGGUCCAAAGCGUAAUCGUUUUGAAGAUGAUGAUCUUAUCGAUCGUCUUAAUAGUCGAUAUACAGUUAUGGCAUUAACUAUGUGUAUUUUUAUAAUUACAGGAAAAGCUUAUGUAGGAGACCCAAUCAAUUGUUGGACACCAGCUCAGUUCUCUGGUACACAUAAUGCUUAUACAAACAGUAUUUGCUGGUUAAAGGGAUCCUAUUAUUUACCAACUGAUGAAAUUACGAUUCCGGAUCGAACUAAACCAAGACUAUAUCAUGUUUCAUAUUAUCAAUGGACGCCAUUUAUUCUACUUGGAAUGUGUCUAUUAUUUCUUUUACCUCAAGUCCUAUGGCAGGCGUUCGCCAGACAAGGUGGAGUCAAUAUUAAACGACUUGUCAAAACUAUUAAAGAUCAAGUAGAAACAAACAAAGGCGUAGAGCAAGCACAAAAAACAAUCAAAUUAUAUCUUGAUACUCAAAGAAUAAGAGGUGGAUCGAUAUGUUGUGGAAUACGUUGCCGAAGUUUUUAUACUACUUAUACAUUAACGUAUUUUAUUAUUAAACUACUUUAUAUUCUCAAUGCACUUUGCCAAUUCUUUUUACUCAAUACAUUUUUAUCGUUUCAUUUUACUAGUUAUGGUCCUGAAGCGCUCAAUAAAUUAUUUAGCGGCGAAGAUUUUUUUGAAUCGCCAAGAUUUCCUCGUGUUACUAUGUGUGAUUUCAUGAUCAGACAUCUAGGUUCAAAUCAGCACUGGUACGCAAUUCAAUGCAAUUUACCAAUAAAUAUAUAUAAUGACAAGAUAUUUCUUGGUAUUUGGGUAUGGCUAAUAGUUUUAGCAAUAUUAAACUUGUUAUCUAUCAUUCCUUGGAUAUUGUUUUUGAGACAAAGACAACGAUCGACAACCAUUAGGAACUAUUUGAGAAUAAGCAAACAAUCAACAGCAGAAGAGAAAGAAACUUUAUUAUCAUCGACAAAAGAAUCAUUCUUGCAUCGAGGAGAUAAAACUGAAGAAUUUAUAAAUUAUUUGCGCAUUGAUGGCUUUCUAAUACUUCAUAUAAUUGCACGUAAUACAGAUGACAUUGUAGCUGGACAAAUAGUUGACCAUUUAUAUAAAAAUUUCGAAUCAGAAAGACGAAUUGCGAGAAGUGAUGUUUGA